AGGCGCAGCUUUCAUUUUUCCUUGUUUUCUCCUAAAUAAAGCUUACAGAUGGCUUCCGACGGCACGGACGAGCGCUCACCGCUUCUGUCGUCGCAGAACUCGGGUAAUGUGACGCCCACGGCCCCUCCGUACCUACAGGAGCCCAGUCCGAGAGCGGAACUUCCGCCACCCUACACAGCCAUUGCAAGUCCUGAUACAGGAGGAGUGCCCGUCAUUAACUGCCGAGUGUGCCAGUCCCUCAUUAACCUGGAUGGCAAGCUCCACCAGCACGUGGUGAAGUGCACAGUCUGCAAUGAGGCCACACCUAUCAAAAAUCCCCCGCCAGGAAAGAAGUAUGUCAGAUGUCCCUGCAACUGCCUUUUAAUCUGUAAAGACACAUCUCGGAGGAUAGGAUGCCCUCGGCCCAACUGCAGACGCAUUAUCAACCUAAGUCCGGUGAUGGUAAUUCCUGAGGAGCAGCCAGCGCAGCCGGCUCUUCCUGUUCAGCCCGAAGGUCUCCGUGUGGUUUGCGGACACUGCGGCAACACAUUCCUCUGGAUGGAGCUCCGGUUUAACACACUGGCCAAGUGCCCACACUGCAAAAAAAUCUCGUCUGUUGGCAGUGCCCUACCCCGGAGGCGCUGUUGUGCCUAUAUCACAGUAGGAAUGAUAUGCAUUUUCAUUGGAAUUGGAUUAACAGUUGGCACCCAAGAAUUUGCCCGCCGGUACCAUGCCACCUACGUCUCUUGGGCUUUUGCGUAUUUGCUAGGUCUGAUCUGUCUGGUACGAGCCUGUUACUGGGGAGCAAUUAAAGUUAGCUAUCCGGAAAACACCUUCGCAUAGACUGAGUGGCCAUCGUUCAAAGGACUUUUUAGUUGUUCAUUUUAUCCUGAUUUUAACAACAGGUGAAUGUUUUGACGAUCGUUUAGUGCAGAGAGCUAAAAUUCAGUCUGGAAUUGAGCCUUGUUCUGUCACUAAUUGGCUCUGAUAUUUCUUUUUAUUACAGGAAUCCCAUGAAUGAGCUAUAAAGCAAAUGUUUUGAAUCAUUUAAAUUAGCAUAUGAAAUUGUGAUCAGCUGAAAUGAUGGAUGGGUGGAUUUUGGCUCUAAGCGAUCAAAACGCAGACUGUGUCUUCUGCUUUUUAUUACCGACUUGACCAAACGUUGGAUCUUUUAUGAACAGUUUUGCUCAUUGCACUACAGUUUUAUGCAAGUGUUGUUCUGUUGCUGCUAGUUGUCAGCUGUAAAAAGCUGGAAGUUAUAAAGUAUUAAGAAAACCUGCCCACAUAAAUAUGGUACUGUGUUACAUUUAAAUAUACGGUUAUCUGAUUUUUUUUAUUUUACAAAUCUGUGCCAAUGUUAAUGUCUGUGUUUGUUAGGGAAGGAGACUACAGUAAAAUAUCUCAAUAAUCUCAGAUCCAUGUAAUUGCUCAAAAAACAGUUAACAGUGCAUUAAUAAACACUGCAGCUCAUCAUUUGACUUUAAUCACAUUUAAAUGUUCUGCAUGACUAAUUUGAUUGUUCUGUUUUUAAAAUGUCAGUGUGGAGUGUUUGCUUCUACGUUUGAAUUCUGCCGUAUAAUAGAAAACAUCGUGUUGAAACGCUUCCUCUACCAUCCGCAGUCGUUCCCUAACUCUGACACAACUGCUCGAAACUGUAGUUACUAAUGUGACUGAUUUUUAUUUUAUUUUUUGUAUAUAGUUUAUUCAUCACACUGAGACUGUAGCUUGAGUUGAACUAUAGCUUGAAUCUUUUUAAAAAUGAUAAUUUAUCAAUAAAAUAAAUAAAAAUCC